GUUUUCUGACAUUAAGAGGGCAGCACCGAUGCCCGGGCUGUCACUGUCACAUACGUCAACCCUUUUGCCAUAUCAAUCCAGUUGAAUUGUUGUCUUGUUAUUAAGAGAAUAUGGCUGAUUCCGUAGAACCUCCCCCUUUAUUUGAAAAUGUUGAUAUGAAAAGAGAAGAAGCUGAAGACGAUGACCUGUUUGAGUCCGCAGUACAAUCGCAGCCAUCAGCAAACUUGUGUCUAGAGGAGGACGGUCACGAUCUAUUGAAUGGUGAUUCCGAUAUUGGCGAAGAGAUCGACAAACUCAUGCUGAACGACAAAUCCGAAAUGGAGAAUGUACCAAUCAACAAUCAAAGCACCAUCGCUACACCAACGAUGGAAGAGGUGGAGGCUGAGGGCGGUGAUCAGUUCAUCGAGAUAACUAUAACCGAACCUCAGAAGGUCGGCGAUGGCAUGGGUGCUUACAUGGCGUACAGGGUGCUCACGCACACGAACAUGCCAUUCUUUAAGAAGAGAGAAUUCGCCGUCAUGAGACGUUUCAGCGAUUUUUUGGGGUUGCACGACAAGUUAACCGAAAAGUACCUCAAGGUCGGCCGCAUCAUUCCUCCGGCACCCGAGAAGAACGUAAUCGGAAAGGCUAAAAUUAAGAUGGCCCAAUCCGAGCAGGCCGGAAACGGAAGCGAUUUUAUCGAGAGGCGGCGCGCCGCCCUCGAACGAUACCUCCGCAGAACAUCCCAGCAUCCCGUCCUCAUUGUGGAUCCUGAUUUUAGAGAAUUUCUCGAAUGCGACAUAGAAUUGCCGAAGGCGACUAACACUUCCGCUCUCAGCGGUGCCGGUGUUAUGCGUUUCAUCAACAAAGUCGGCGAAACUGUUAACAAGAUUACUUACAAGAUGGAGGAAACCGACCCGUGGUUUGAGAACAAAUUGGUGCAUGUCGAAGGCUUGGAGAAUCAAUUACGAAAAUUGCAUUACAACGUAGAAGCCAUGGUCUCAUACCGUAAGGAAUUGGCAAAUUUGACCAACGGCGUUUCCCGUUCCGCAGCUAUGUUGAGUGUAUGCGAGGAUCAUAAUUUAUUGUCCAGGGCUUUGUCUCAAUUAGCAGAUACUGAGGAAAAGGUUGAAGCUGUUCAUAUGGAGCAGGCUAAUACGGACUUCUACAUCUUGUGCGAAAUGCUGAAAGAUUACUUAGGUCUAUUAGGAUCGGUGCGGGACGCCUUCCAUGAACGCACUAAAAUGUUCCAGCUGUGGCAGCAUUCGCAGCAAAUGUUGACCAAAAAGCGCGAAGCCAAAGCAAAGCUAGAAUUGCAGGGACGCACGGACAAGGUGGAUCAAGCCGGCGUGGAAGUGAUCGAAUGGGAGGCGAAGGUCGAACGGAGUCAGGAGAGUUUCGAUCGCAUUUCGAAAAUGAUAAAAUUAGAGAUGGAUCGUUUCGAGAAAUGCCGCAUUCAGGACUUCAAAGUUACAUUCAUUAAGUAUUUGGAAAACCACAUGGAGCAUCAAGCUCAGCUGGUAAAAUAUUGGGACGAUUUUCUGCCUGAAGCAAAAGCUAUUGCUUGACUAGAAGAUUUAAGCCGUGAAUAGCACGGACAACAUUCCAAUUUUAGGUUCCCGGAGUUUUAAAGCAAUGAAUUUUUUAAAGAAAUUCUUCUUUUUUUUUAGUACUUUUUAAGAGAAUAAUCAAGUUUUCCGUGCAAUCAUCGACAAUAUUUUCAUGUUAUUCAUUAUUUUUUCACAGGGAAUCUAUCUUUUAUCUAUUAUACUUCCCACUAUUCUCUUAACGAUUUAUCUCCUUUCCAAAUGAUUAGCUCAUGUGUAUAAAGUUAAGAAGAAAUCUAUUAUAUAUUAUAUGAAGUAUAUUUUUCAAUGUGGAAAUUGUUGUAAUUCUGUGUUGCGAAUGCUGUUUUUUCUUCUUUAUUUGGAUGGAACCAAUAGUUAUGAUUUCCAAGUUAGUUUAUGUUAUUGGCUUCUUAGAAUUUUGCACACACAAAACUGGAAAUGUGAUAUGCAGCCGUAGGCAACCCUUUUUCGUUUUCCUCGAUAUACUCUCUCUAUAUAUCUCUUUUUAAACUUAAGUAAAUAAAUAUAUAUUAAUAAGUGUUCUUUGGAAAAUCAAGCAUGUUUUGAAAAAUGAUCCACUUCACGUAGUUACAUAUCCUUCAGAAAUUCUUUCUUAGAUAUCAUUAUCGUGUGAAGUAAAUAAUUGUUUUAUAUAUAUAUGUGAAAUGUAUAUAAUCUAGAGAAAACGAUUUAUUAUGUAUGGUAUACGUAUUAUCAGUGUAGAUAAUAUCGAUAUAAUUAGCUUAUUAUUAGAGGCAUAUACUAUGAUUAUUGUGUAUUGUAAUGCUUGUAAUUUGAAUAAACAGAAAAAAAUAAA